CGGAGGAAGGAAAGCAUACAAGCGAUAAAGGAACUAUUCUAAGAAAAUAUCAAUAACAUGUUUAUACCGUGAUGUGCAAAGACUGCCAAGUUACGAACACCUAAUGUCAUUAAAUAAUGCUGUGGAGCAUGUUAAAUCUGAUAAUCUUCAAGAAUACAGUUUUAAAGUAUUAGUUGUUGGUGAAAAGUCAGUCGGUAAGACGUCGAUUAUUCAACGCUACACGAAAGGGGAAUUUUUCAGAAAAUGUAAACCCACAUUGGGAGCUGAUUUUGCCUCGAAAGUAAUUGAUUGGGACUCAAAAACACAAGUACAUCUUCAUCUAUGGGACAUUGGUGGUCAUGAGAGAUAUGGUCAUAUGACCAGAGUUUACUAUAAGUAUGCAAUGGCAGCAUUUAUUGUUUUUGAUCUGUGCAGGCCUAACACAUGGAAUAUGGUCUUAAAGUGGUAUGAUGAUUUAAAACAAAAUGUCUUGACUGAAGAUGGAAGCACUAUACCUAUUGUGCUCUUGGCCAACAAGUGUGACGAAGAAGAUGCUAAAUGUGACAACACUAUCCUAACAACAUUUUGUGAUGAGCUUGGCUUUAAUGGAUGGUUACCAGUGUCAGCCAAGACUAAUAGAAAUAUUGAUGAAGCAAUGGACUUAAUUAUAAGAGAAAUUUUUACUAAUCAGCCUGAAAAGAAGUGUAUUCGUCCAGGUACUCCUUGGUUUAGGGCAGAAAGUCCCAUGCCAAUGCAAGAUAUUGCUGUCUAUGGUAACGACAAAGAAGAAAAUAUGCAUUCUGUGGUCGCAGGCAAUGAAGCUAAACAAAGUAGAUGCUGUUAAUAAUAGCUAGGAAAAUUAAAUCUUGUCCAUUUAUAGGCAUUGUGUUGUAGGAAAGUGCUAUGAAAUAGCAUGAUAAUUUUAAAAACAAAACAUUUGUUGAUUUAGCUGAUCAUAAAUAAAUAAUUUUAGUAUUCACCUUAGUAUACAAUACUCAAGGAUUUUUUACAUUGUAUUAUAAAAAAUUUGUAAUUGAAGUAGUCUCAAAGUUAAAGCUACAUGUUAAUUCACAGUAAAAUUUCAAUAUGA